GGAUUUCCUCCUCUGCCCCCCCUGAGCGGCUUUCAUUACACUCUCGCAGAGCCAAAACAAGUCGGGAGGAGAAGGCAUGAAUACAAUGACUGCAGAAAUCAUAAAAGACAUCUCCCAGCCCGACUCACCUGUCUCAUCAGCACCAGAAAACGGACAGCUGCUCUUCAUCCGAAGCGUCGCGUCCAGGAGAGACACGCAGACCACCAGCGGCAGUGCCAACCUCGAGGAGGGCAGCUCCCAGCCCCUGGUCUCCUCCUCAGCCACAGCUCAGCCCCAAUCCUACACCAUGACAUCUGGAGAAUUCAUGCAAUCCACCCCGACGUUCGCGCAGAGGUCCAGGAAGAACCUGUUUUAUAAGAUCCUGUGCUUCCUCGUGCUCGUCCUCCAGGGCGGCAUGCUGGAUUUCUACCUCAUCGUCUUCACGGAUCUCUACUGGUGCUCGUGGAUCGCCACGGAUUUAGUGGUCAUUUCUGGAUGGGCGAUCUUUUUCAUGAAGAACGCAAGGUCUAAGCGGGAACGAGCGUGCGGUUUCCACCAGAAGAGCUCCAUUUUUGGAUGCAACCUCGGCGAGUUUACCUUCGCCUACCUUGCAUGGCUGAUCUACGUGAUCGCGUCCACCCCAAAAGUGGUGCUCGUGUUGGAAACGUCCAUUCUGGAUCUUAUCGCCCUGAAGGUGCCCUUUGGCGUCACCGGGUUUAAAAUCACCAUGUUGCUGUGCGCGCCUUUGCUUUACUGCCUCAUCAACUCCAUCAUUGAGGAUCCCAACGGUGCCACCCGUUUCCACUCCCAAGGCUGCUUCGUGAGCACCUGCCUGGACAUCCUGGACAGCUUUAUAUUGGUGGAGGUGCUUCUGAAGAACGAGAUACCCAAUGUUUACCUUAGAUACACGGUCAUAUCCGUGUAUUUCAUCGCACUGGGCGUACCGGUGGUUUGGCUUUAUGAGUUGACGGCCUCGGAGAUGAACUGUCGCUGGGUUUGGGCGAGGUUCUUCACCGGCGUGCUGCUCAACGCGCCGCUGUUGGUGGUCCGGUGUUUCCUCGUUUUCGUGUACAAAACCCCAGUUUCGGUGUUUAUGUUCAAGAACAUCUUCUUUUUGGGGUGCAAGUGCCUGGAGCUGGUCGAACAGUGCGCGUCUUUGAGAGGUGUCCGGAGGUUUGCACGUGGACGCGCGGGAAACGCAGCCCAGUUUUCCCAUUGCGUUUCCGAAAACGACAUGUGCCCUCAUGGAUACGUGAACACACUGGCUGUCAAUACCCAGUCAUAGGCGCUCAUUAGGGUCUGGUGUUCUGUCCGGAGGCCACGUAUAUACUUACACAGUAGUGUGUGUGUGUGUGUGUGUGUGUGUGUGUGUGUGUGCAUCAGCCCUUUUAAGGGGAGGUACUACAGGUGCUAAUUUUGCUUUUUAAUUCACUGCAAACCAGUGAACAGGUAAAUAAAAAGUAUUGUUAGUAUACUUGCGAACUAUACAUGCGAGUCUAUUAAAAAGGUAAUUGUUGAUAUCAGCAAUUUUAAUUCUUGAUAUUAAAAAGAUAAUUAUUUAUAUCAACAAUAAAAAAAUUUGAUAUCAAGAAUUAAAUUGUUGAUAUCAAGAAUACAUAUCCUGAUAAAGAAUAAAAGUCAAAACGACUUGCCAAAGUGAGUCAAUUAAAGUUAUAUUAUACUCUGGUAUAUAGUGUCUAUUAAUAAACCUAGUUAGUAAUAUAUACUUAUAAUACUUAUGAUUCCCUCACCAACCCGUUUUUAAGUUUUCUAUGCAAAUUAGCCAUAAUCUUAUUAAGCUUUCACAGGUGUGCACAUGCUAACUGACAACAUGUGCACAAGCUUUAGAUACAUAUUUCUAUAUUACACUUUAUAUUUCGUUUAAAACAUUAUUGAAUUGUUGCAAAAACUAGUGACAAUAAUCUCAAAACCUUUUAGAUGUUUGAUGAAUAUGCAAAUCAGUCAUCAUCUUAUUAAUUUCCACAGCUGUGUACAUUAUUUGAACUGACUGAAAAGUUUUUUCAGCUGUUGUAGUAGUUCAUUUGCAGCCUAAAAAUGCAGACUUUUCAAACAAUAGUUAUGUUUUUUAAAACAAUACAGUUAUAAUGCACAUGUAAACAACAUAAAUUAGAUUCUGUGAAUAUGAUGAUGUCAUGUGCAUGUUUAUUACAUAUGUGCAAGUAGGCUACUUUAUAACUAAAACAACAAUAGCGGAGUACACAACCAUGUGUGUUGAUGCUGUUUUUACCACCGCCAUGUUGAUUAUAGAUAUUUUUAAAACAGUUUUUACAAAUCCAUGAGAACAGGGGUUGUUUUGACUACACUGUCGUCAAUAAACAAAUCAGUUUUUAGUGUAACUCGUUGUCUAAAUGGAACCUAAAUUGACA